AUGUCCCAGACUCCGGGUAUCUUUGCCCUCCAAAAGGUCCUAUCUUUUCUACUCUGCAGCUCAUUAAAACUCAACCUCAUCUUAGCUCUGUCGCUGUCCGUGGUACACGUGAUUUGGAGUUAUCCGGUCCUCUCUUCCAAGGUGCCUGGGAAGCCUGAUUACUUUCUCAUUUUGCUGAGUACCUGCCCAGCCAGGCUGGAGGGGAGCGACGGGCUAGCUUUUCUAAAGCCAAUUUUGGAGAAGACGUCGAUGAAAAGGUCCUUUCGCAACGGAGUCGGCUCAGGGGUGAAAAAAACUUCAUUUCGAAGAGCAAAGCAAUGAAUAAGUGUGCAAAGGACUCUGGGAAUUAAUCUCAAGCUAUGUAGAGUGUGACUGAUGUGCUAAAAGCGGUCGUAUCUUACCAUGAGAUGUUGCUUCCUCCUCAUCCUCAGAUGUCCACCUUCUCCUAACUGGCUCAGAGUAAAUUAAGUUUUGGAGGGGAAAAUGCAAACCUGUCUCAAACUUCCGCCUGUGAGUGAAAAAUGAUUUCUGUGCUUAGCUAGAAACUUCCCCGAAU